UCAGUUCAUCAUACCACAAUCAGUUUGUUCAUCUUCACCACUAUGGCAUUUUUUAAGCUAGCUGGUUUGUUUUUGUGUAUAGUCGCGUCUAUCAGUGCGUUACCCACGGCACACGAUGAAGCGCGCGGUAAUUCAGUUCAAACCGAACACGAUCUUUUGGAUGCCGUUUACAACGACUGCCUUAAAAAAGACUCUAUGUCUUGUCUGAAGUAUAAAGUUUUUAAUUUCGUGGACAAGAUGAUCGGCAACAGGGAAACAAUUACAGUGAUGGAUGGUGUUCAGUUCGUCAAAACUCCCGGUGGUGAACAGGAUGGUGCUCCACGCGCUAUUAGCAGUGACGACACUAUCGAAUCUGUCAUUUUCAACAGGAUUACAUCGUUCUUGGGGUCCCAUACUUUGAAAAUCGAUUUGAAAGGUAGUGAAGUUGUCAACGCAGUGCAAUCUACAGCCCGUUCAUUAAACGAUUAUGCCGAAUCCUUGGAAGAAGAAGAAAAUAUGAUCGAAGGUGCCAGUGAAUCCAGAAAGAGGAAAGGCGGUGGCAAGAAAGGCAAAGGACAAAUGGGUGCUCUCAUGGGACUGAUGGGACUUAAAGCAGCCAUCCUUGGAAAACUCGCCCUGGCCAGUAUUGCCCUCAUCGCUGGUAAAGCCCUUCUUAUUGGUAAAAUUGCUUUAGUUCUCUCAGCUAUUAUUGGACUUAAGAAACUUUUGGGUAACGGAGGCGGCGGCAAGCACGUCACAUACGAAGUGGUUCCACAUGCAUCCCAUUCAUCAGCUCACGUUUCUACACACGAAACCGCCUAUGCUGGUGGUUCCGGACACGGAGGCGGCUAUGGAGGAGACAUCGGCGGCGGCGGCUAUGGCGGCGGUGGUUCCGGCGGAUGGGGUAGGUCUCUCGAUGCCCAAUCUUUAGCAUACAGGGGACAUCCACAAGCCAAACAAGCGUGAGGAACUGUUGAUGCUUCUAGUACCUGCCAAAACUCAGCGAUUCUAGACUAAGUCAAGAAAAACGAUACACUUAUUUAUGUAAUUUAUUUAAUUUUAUAGACAUCGACAGACAAAGACUUUUUACCAUUUGCCCAGUUUUCUGGGUUAGACUUAUUUAUUGUUAUUUUUUAAAUAAAUAAUAAAUUAUUUUUAAAAAA